AAUGACGUAUCUAUAGCCCUUGUCAAGCGCGAGUCACCUGAUCAUCUGUAGGCAACUUCGCGUAGCGAACUGACUUCAUUACAUUGAAGCACUAUCGACAAGUAGAAUUUAUUAAAUCCUUUGGAUGACAGAAAUCAAAGCCACCGACGAUUUAUGGAUUAACAGUGAAGCUUCUACGGCGGAUACAACUGAAAAAGUUUAACGGUUGGAAUCACGAUAAAAAAAACAACAGCGGCCUGGCACAGCGUUCCACAAUUCACUUCAGAGUAGGCCUAAGCACAAGUUGCUGUAAAUGAACUACGAUCAGCCACCUCCCUAUGCGGGCCCUGGCCCCUCUGCCCCUGGUUACGCCGGGCCCUCUGCUCCUGGUUACGCCGGGCCCUCUGCUCCGGGCUACCCUGCAUAUCCUGCACAAGGGUACCAGGCUCAAGGGUACCCAGUCCCUCCAGAUGGGGCUCACCCAGGCUACCCUAACUAUCCACCCGGGCCCCCGGGGGUGUACCCAGCACAGCCGGGCUACCAGGGAUACCAGGUGCCUCCACAACCGCAGUAUGGAUGGCAGGAUGCCCCACCAGGAGCAAUGUAUGGGCAGCCCAAAAACACAGUGUAUGUGGUGGAGCAGCAGCAGCGUCCAGCUGACUCUGGGCCUGACGCUGGGACCUGCCUGACCGCCUGCUGGGCGGCCCUCUGCUGCUGUUGCCUGUGGGACAUGAUGACCUGACCACAACCCCCCACCACUGACCUCAUCAGAAGAAUCCAUAAGAUACACUGAUGUAUAGCCUGUAAGACACUUUCUUAUCCUUGUGACAAAAGCUUGAAGAUGUGUUAUUUUAGUGUUCUAGGUAUUACAUGUUACAUCUUAAUGUAAGUUAGAGAUGACUACUGUGUGUAUGAAAUCAUUUAUAAAUUAAAUAUUUGUUGUCUGUUUAAACUGCUGUUAAAAUAGCAUACUUUGUUUUAUAUCACAUUAAAUGUAUUAAAUAUAAUAAUAUCUUGCAUAGUAACGGUACCAGUGGUUUUAACCAGACAUGGUAUUUAUUAGCACCUGAAUGUGUCCAGUUAGAACUUUGUAGUUAGGACUGGAGAAUUCUUAAUCAAACCGUUCUUUUGACUGAAUGUAUUGCAUUUUCAUGGGUAAUCAGAGUAAUACACAUACAGAUACCAUGAAACAUGUCGAACAACUACAAAUAGGGUUCUAGGGGAGUAUAUCAAUCAUUGACCAAACACUCAGAUUUACACAAACAAAGUGCAGUACCCAAAUACAUCCUGUAGAGGCUGGAUCUUGAAGGAAAUUAUUAUAUUAUUCUACAAUGUUUCUCCGCCUAAACCAUACAGUUGCCUUAUAUUAAGCACCAGCCAGUGCCAUAUAGCCACAUUUUGUCACCGAUGUUUGUGUCGUGUGGCAGUUUGUUUUGUUUUCCACAACAUUUUUCCUGUCACUACUGAUCUUACAACAAAUAAAUUUGCUCAACCUA